AUGUCUAGAAGCAAUGAGAAAUAUGCAUUCAUUUCCAAUGAUCAUGUAAGGAAAAUUACAUUCAAGACUAGGAAGGGUGGCUUGAUUAAGAAGAUGUACGAACUAUCCACCCUAUGUGGAAUCGAGGGGUGUGUCAUCAUAACUAACAAGGAUGAUCCCCAACCAAUAGUUUGGCCCUCGGUGGAAGAUGCUCGAAAGACUGUCGAAAGGUUCAGAAGCCUUCCGGAGCAUGAGCAAACGAGGUGGAUGGUGAACCAAGAGAGCUUCACUAAUCAAAGACUCAAGAAGAUUGAAGAGAAGCUGAUGAAGCUGAGAUGUGAAAACCGGGACAAAGAGAUCACACAAAAAAUUUACCAAAGUAUGUGCGAAAACCCUAUGAACGUGGCUUCGAAACUUAAUGCAAAAGAGUGCGAAGAGAUAGUUAAUAUGCUUAACCGACACAUAAUAGAAAUGAAGUUAAUUAUGGAGUCGAGGGAGGGUUCGUCUUCCAAUCUCCUUCCACAAGAAAAUGGAGUUGGCGAAACUGGUCCCCGUUUCCCUUAA